UAGUGGCAGAGCAGCUGGAAUCCUGAGAGAAGAGAGUAACUUUAGAUCAGGGCAGGUGGGGAAAUGAGAGAUUGAGUAGGAGGCCCAAGGUUGAGGGAAGCAGAUCUUCUUAGUUGCUAUCAGUGGCUGAUGGGGAAGAUCGUUGGUAUAAGGAAGUCAGAAUAUAGAUACAGAAGGAUAAGUUUGCUAAGAACAGAGAUCAGCAAACAACUUUUCUGAGAGAAAGAAACAUCUGCAAAUGACAUGCUGUUUCUGCAGUUUCUGUUGCUAGCUGUUCUCAGUGGUGGUGACAACGCAGACGCAGCCCAGGAACACGUCUCAUUCUAUAUUAUCCAGAUCUUAUCAUUUGCCAACCAAUCCUGGGCACAAAGUCAGGGUUCAGGAUGGCUGGAUGAGUUGCAGACUCAUGGCUGGGAGAGUGAAUCAGGCAGAAUAAUUUUCCUGCACACCUGGUCCAAGAGCAACUUCAGCAACGAAGAGUUGUCAGACCUAGAGUUGUUAUUUCGUGUCUACUUCUUUGGAUUAACUCGGGAGAUUCAAGACCAUGCCAGUCAAGAUUACUCAAAAUAUCCCUUUGAAGUACAGGUGAAAGCAGGCUGUGAACUGCAUUCUGGAAAGAGCCCAGAAGGCUUCUUUCGGGUAGCUUUCAACGGAUUAGAUUUACUGAGUUUCCAAAAUACAACAUGGGUGCCAUCUCCAGAUGGCGGGAGUUUGGCUCCAGGUGUCUGUCAUCUACUCAAUCAUCAGUAUGAAGGCGUCACAGAAACAGUGUAUAAUCUCAUAAGAAGCACUUGCCCCCGAUUUCUGUUGGGUCUCCUGGAUGCAGGGAAGAUGUAUCUGCACAGGCAAGUGAGGCCAGAGGCCUGGCUGUCCAGUCGCCGCAGCCUUGGAUCUGGCCGUCUGUUGCUGGUUUGUCAUGCCUCCGGCUUCUACCCAAAGCCUGUUCGGGUGACAUGGAUGCGGAAUGAACAGGAGCAACUGGGCACUAAACACGGUGAUGUUCUUCCUAAUGCUGAUGGGACAUGGUAUCUUCAGGUGAUCUUGGAGGUGGCAUCUGAGGAGACUGCUGGCCUGUCUUGUCGAGUGAGACACAGCAGUCUAGGAGGCCAGGACAUCAUCCUCUACUGGGGACACCACUUUUCCAUGAAUUGGAUUGCCUUGAUAGUGCUGGUGUCCUUGGUGAUUCUAAUAGUCCUUGUGUUACGGUUUAAGAAGCACUGCUCAUAUCAAGACAUCCUGUGAGACUCUUCCCCCGACUCCACCAUUGUAAUAAGAACCCAGCAACCCAGGAGCCUAGUACAACAUAGUGAUGCCAUCCCGUCGACUCUCCAUUUAAAUGGUUUCUCUUUCUGCCUGAUAAACAUUUUUUAAUAUAA